CUUCCAUUCCCAUUGCCACACGCUUGGCGCUCUUUUGCAUUUUCUUAAAGUCGCCCAGAUAAGUUCGGAAUUACGUAAUUAAGCGGCAGCAGCAACAACAAAAACAACAUAACCAACAAGCUAACAAUUAAGUAUUUAUUGCUUUCAAUUUGCUGCCCGAUAACAAAAGAAGCCAAAAAACAAAAAGGAAAAACGAGAGACUGGAAAAAACAAGCAGAACAAAGUAAAUAAAAACCGAAACGGACACACAUACACACACACACACACCGCUACCUGCGUCGACAGCGGCAGCGAAAUCAGCGCCUCGCUUCAAUUUUAUUCCGUUUGAAUUUGAAGAUGUUUUUAGUGCACUGCCAUUAAGUCCUUAGCACGCGCUUUUAUUUCGCUUCGUUUCAAUGUGCAGGUAGGAAUAACAAAAAGCGGAGGAUGGGAGUGACAACGAAAUCGAAACUUUGCAACAAAAUUGCAUUUGAAUGAGCAGCGGGGGCGCGCGCGGAGAGCACAGUGGGAUAAAUUGGCAGUUGAUGACCCAUUGUUGCAUUAUUGUGUUUUAACCAUAAAGCCAACAAAUGCUUGGCGUUCAAGCCCUUCAUGGAGUAACGCAUAUCAACGGAUUGUCGGGGAUUAUCCAACGUCUUAAAGUCAAAAUCUUACAAAUCGCAGUAUUUACCUGGCAAACGUGUUAAUCCACAGCGACCAAAAGUGGCAUUUAAUACAAAUUUCGCGCCUAUGCACGCCAUCUAUUGGUGAUUUGCCGGAACCCGACGCUUGUGUCGGGGCUGCCACUUGAAUCAAACCCAUCUAUGUUUCUUCCAUCACUACCACCUGCACUUGUAUAUGGUUAGUUGAUUAAUAGCACGUCAGAAACUAAUUUACCUGUUGCCGCUCGUACCAGAUCCAGAUUUGUACUAUCCCGAGAAGUUAAAAGCUCUAGGCAAAUUAACAAUUAGCCGCGACACAAACCCCGUUUCGCAGAGCACCUGAUACCCUUUAUCGUUAUCGAUUGGUACAGCCGAAUCACGCCUCCUGAUAACGAUUAAACAAAAAGUCGAAAUGUAGUAAAAUUCGCGGAAAGUAAAUAAAUUGUUAUAGCCAAGGUGAAAUAACGAGCGGCCAGCUAGUGGCGAUACUGAUACUGUUGCGAACGUUGGGCAGCCACCGACGGUGCCGGCUGGUCAGGUUGUUAUCGGGUAAUUGGCAGCUCCUUUGGAAAAUCCUCAAGUUCAGCUGCUUCUGCACACACUGACCUUCAUUAUACAUACAUACCGUAUAUACGAGCUGUUUGUGUGCGUGUGUGUGUGUGCGCUUGCAAGUGUGUGGGUGCACUGAAAAAAGGUUGGAAAGGAUACAAGCCAGAAAUCAGUGAAAACCGGGAAUAUUGCAUCCCGGAGACGGCGGAAAAGCCGAAAAAGCCCAUUAAAAGUCAAGGACGACAUGCUGCCCUCCGCCCACAGAAGUGGAUGUGGGUGGCUCACCCAUUAGAACUCCACCAAAACGCAAGCGCAGGAGUUUUUCCUUCAAGAAGUCAAGGCUUCUUCGUUUUCGGGGUCAUGGUCACAGCGCAUAGUAUAUAGGAUAAAGCAACACCAUGUCCAGCGAGUCCUCCACCGAAGGCGACAGCGAUCUAUACGAUCCUUUGGCCGAGGAGCUGCACAACGUCCAGUUGGUCAAACAUGUGACCCGCGAGAAUAUUGAUGCCCUGAAUGCCAAGUUUGCCAACCUGCAGGAGCCACCAGCCAUGUACUUAAUAGAAUACCAGGAGUUGACCUCCAAGCUCCACGAACUGGAGGCCAAGGAGCAGGAACUAAUGGAGCGACUGAACUCGCAGGACCAGCAGGAGGACUCCUCCUUGGUCGAGCGGUUCAAGGAGCAGCCCCACUAUCAAAAUCAAACUCAAAUCCUGCAGCAACAACGGCAAUUGGCGCGAGUGCACCACGGCAACGAUCUAACCGAUAGCUUGGGCUCUCAGCCGGGCAGCCAAUGUGGAACUUUGACCCGUCAGCCCAAGAUCCUUUUGCGAGCCCACCUGCCCAAUCAACAGCGCACUUCAGUGGAGGUAAUUUCGGGAGUACGACUAUGUGAUGCCCUCAUGAAGGCCCUGAAACUCCGGCAACUAACGCCGGAUAUGUGCGAAGUAAGCACAACUCAUUCCGGAAGACAUAUCAUACCCUGGCACACGGAUAUCGGCACUCUGCAUGUGGAGGAGAUCUUUGUCAGGCUGCUGGAUAAGUUUCCCAUUAGGACACACAUCAAGCACCAGAUCAUACGGAAGACCUUCUUCUCGUUGGUAUUCUGCGAGGGCUGUCGAAGGCUUCUGUUCACCGGGUUCUACUGUAGCCAGUGUAAUUUUCGAUUCCAUCAGAGGUGUGCCAAUAGAGUGCCGAUGCUGUGCCAGCCCUUUCCCAUGGAUAGCUACUAUCAGCUACUGCUGGCCGAGAAUCCGGAUAAUGGCGUUGGUUUCCCCGGCAGAGGCACUGCUGUCCGCUUCAAUAUGAGCAGCCGGAGUCGCAGUCGUCGUUGCAGCAGCAGUGGCAGCAGCAGCAGCUCGAAGCCACCAUCUUCAUCCUCCGGCAAUCAUCGACAGGGUCGUCCGCCGAGGAUCAGCCAAGACGAUCGAUCCAAUUCCGCGCCAAAUGUGUGCAUCAACAACAUUCGAUCGGUCACAAGCGAAGUGCAGCGCAGUUUGAUAAUGCAGGCCAGACCUCCUUUGCCGCAUCCGUGCACAGAUCACUCCAACUCCACGCAAGCGUCGCCCACGAGCACCUUGAAACACAAUCGUCCCAGGGCCAGGUCCGCCGAUGAGAGCAAUAAAAAUCUGCUUUUAAGAGACGCCAAAAGUUCCGAGGAAAACUGGAAUAUUCUGGCGGAGGAGAUUUUAAUUGGGCCGCGCAUCGGAUCGGGUUCCUUUGGAACCGUUUAUCGCGCCCAUUGGCACGGUCCCGUGGCCGUAAAGACACUCAACGUGAAGACACCGAGUCCCGCCCAGUUGCAGGCGUUUAAGAACGAGGUGGCCAUGCUGAAAAAGACGCGCCACUGCAAUAUCCUCCUCUUCAUGGGCUGUGUAUCCAAACCAUCUCUAGCGAUUGUGACCCAGUGGUGCGAGGGCAGCAGUCUCUACAAGCACGUCCAUGUCAGCGAAACCAAGUUUAAAUUGAACACGCUCAUCGAUAUCGGACGUCAGGUGGCCCAGGGCAUGGAUUACCUGCAUGCCAAGAAUAUCAUUCAUAGAGACCUCAAGUCAAACAACAUCUUUUUGCACGAGGAUCUUUCCGUGAAGAUAGGCGACUUCGGAUUGGCCACUGCGAAAACUCGAUGGUCGGGUGAAAAGCAAGCCAAUCAACCCACGGGCAGUAUUUUAUGGAUGGCUCCAGAGGUGAUUCGCAUGCAGGAGCUAAACCCCUACUCCUUCCAGUCGGACGUUUAUGCCUUUGGUAUCGUGAUGUACGAACUGUUGGCGGAGUGCUUGCCCUACGGUCAUAUUAGCAACAAGGAUCAGAUCCUGUUUAUGGUGGGGCGAGGACUUCUGCGUCCGGACAUGAGUCAAGUGCGCUCGGAUGCGCCGCAGGCAUUGAAGCGCUUGGCCGAGGAUUGCAUUAAGUAUACCCCCAAGGAUCGACCGCUCUUUAGGCCGCUGCUCAAUAUGCUGGAGAACAUGCUGCGCACUUUGCCCAAAAUUCAUCGCAGUGCCAGUGAACCAAACUUGACGCAAUCGCAGCUGCAGAACGAUGAGUUUCUGUAUCUGCCCAGCCCGAAAACGCCGGUGAACUUCAACAACUUUCAGUUCUUCGGCAGCGCUGGGAAUAUCUAGACAGCGACCUGUACCUGUACUUACAUAUAUCCUGCGUGAUCAACGUGAUCCUACAUCUAUAUACUUUUUGUUCUUGUCCCUCUGUACAUAAGCGAUUCGCGAAGGGGACGGCUUUGGUUGUCCACCAAAGUGAAAGAGAGAGAGAGAGAGAGAAAGAGAGAGAGAUGGGUUGCCUGCCGACCCGGGAGCGAAACUUGCUUCUUUCCUUGGAACUGACAAAGUGCAUUUCUGUUACCACACACAAAACGACUACAAACUGUAAACUAAACUGCAACGCCCAUGUGUACAUAACUGCAUCAUAACUUAUAUACGUUAGGCAAGACUACUGAAACUAAACUAAACUAAACUAAACUAGCUGAUCGCAAUUACAUUAUACACAUUAUACUUAUACUACAAGAGAUGGUGUUGUUUCUGGAGUCGAGCACGAUGAAGAACAUUU